UCCCCAGUUGCGCUGUGCGUGGGGCUCAAAGAGGGCUGAUAGCGGCGGUGUGCGAGCAGUUGUUAUCGUGCCUGUGUGUACGUUAUCCUAUCGUCGCGGCCGUGGUCUGCGCCGCCGAAGGGCAGCCAACGCUCGCGUGUCGGACCGCCACUGCUGCCAGGAGGAACCGGGUCCCCGAAAUCUAAAGAGCAGCAGCGACAAAUGCAGCAGCAACCAAGGUACGAGCCACGCGAUGACAACGGGGCUUUUCAGCGUGGCGAUCUUCACCCCCCCCCCCCUCCCCCCGAAUUGAAAAGUAGCCAUCCUGGUGACCUAUGAACAGAGCCAUGGCCGAGUCUCCGUCGUCGCGCAUCCCGGUGCUGCAGCGCGCCGAUGGUUCGUGGACCACGGUGGAGCACAAGCUGCGCCAGCUCGACGACAUGGCCGAGCCGGGCCCCUACGUGCGCCUGCUCGCCGGCUGCUGCCGGGACAGCGUGCAGGCUGCGCGCGCCAUGCAGGCGCAGCUCGACGCAGCCAGGGCAGAGGUGAACGCGCUCCGGCUGCAGCUGCGCAAGAGCGUCGACCGGAUCGCGCAGAUGGAGGAGGAUCGGCAGAAUCUGUGCAGUGCGGCGCAGCGUGCCGAAGCCGAGGCAGGCAAGGUGGCUGAUGCAGUACGUUAUGUGACAGAGGAACAAUCGCGGCUGCGCGCUCAGUUGGAGCGGCUGUCGGUCGAGCUGGUGGAAUCUCUUCGUCAGAGGCACGAGCAACUCGAAAGCCGUGUGCGUGAAUCGCUCGAUUCACUCGCCGAAAAGCAGGAGGCCAUGUUGGAGGCUCGUCUGGAGGCGGCGCUAGGUGACCGUCUGGCAGACCUACAGAAUGCGCACGAGGCUGCAGAUGGCCGCCAGAGGCUCCUGGACGAGGCCGAGCCGUGGUCGCCGAUGCAGCACUUCCAGGAGCUGCCCCUGCUGAGGAGCUCCAGGGACGCCCCCUUCCGCUGGGUGCUGUCAGGGUACCAAAGGCUGAAGGGCGAGAGCCAGCGCCACGGCCAGCCGCGGCUGUACAGUCGGCCGUUCGGCAUCGAGCGCGAGGGCAGCGUGCGCUGCGUGCUGCGGCUCGUCGCGUGCCUGGGCGUGCCUGCGGGCCAGGAGCCCGGCGACGCGGUGCAGCUGGGUCUCGAGCUCCUCCACUCGGCCAAGUGCAACAAGAAGUUCGACUUCUGCCUGCGCCUGCUCGACCGGUCGGGCAGCGACCGCCACCUCGUGAAGACCUUCUCCUCUUCGGAGCUGGCCGUGCCGCGCUACUGGUUCUCGCGGCCGGCCCUGGGCGUGGUCAGCUUCGCCGUGCUCAUCUCUGAGCAGCGCAUGCUUCGCGAGGGACUCCUCUCCAGGGACGCGCUCGCCAUCGAAGUCGGCCUGCAGUGACGGUGCCACGGUGCCUCGUGCACUCUGCAGAGGCAAAUCGGCGCCCGCUGUGCCGUCAAAUACCGAACGAGAAAACGUUGAUUGGUGGACAAGAUGUGUGGUGUUCAGUUGUAGGCGCAGUAAAUACGGUGCCGGUUUUUUUGUGCCAAA